GGUGAGGUCUAUGCGGAAGGGUGGGUUUCGUCACUAGGUGUUUCGACUUGUCCAUUUUGGGCUUGAGAAACUUCCAGUUUCGAUCGUGGGCUUAUUCGAUAUCAUUGUGUUUAAAGGAAGACGGGCCUGCUGGUUGAGAAUAUUGCGAUAAAGUUAUUGUUGGCUGUAGUCAGGUGGAAUCGACGCUCCAAAAGAAGCACCUAUCACUGCCGACAUGUUUGUUUUCGUAUUUGUACUUCUCUUUUUACAGACAACAGGCACAAUAGCCUUCACCGUGACAACAAGCACUCCAGUCAUCAACGUGCCAGAAAACCAAGGUGCUGACCUAAAAUGUUCAUACAGUGCUGACUUUGGAACUCCCAGGAUUGAAUGGAAAUUCAAGGCAUUCAUGGACGAGUCUCAAACUCUUGUUGUCUUCGAUGGACAGCCCACUGCGGGGUAUGCUGGCCGCGUUGAGCUCUACACAGGCGGUCUGAGGUUCAACAGUGUGACCCGUGCUGACAAUGGCGAAUACACCUGCGAGGUGUCCUCUGCCCAGGGCUUCGGAGAAGCCACCAUAAAGCUGGUCGUGCAAGUGCCGCCCUCCAAGCCCAUGUGCAGAGUGCCCGCCUCGGUGACCACCGGGAGGAGUGUGACACUCACCUGCUACGACAGUGAUGGCUCGCCCCCCUGCACCUACAAGUGGUUCAAGAACAAGACCCCCCUCCCCGACGACCCCAGCAAGUUCCCCGCCUUCAGGAACUCUACGUUUACAGUUGACCCCAAAACCGGGGAUUUGGUUUUUCCACACAUCUCAAAGUUGGAUUCAGGAGAAUACCACUGCACAGCCAGUAACGGUGCUGGACCUCCUCAGAGCUGUGCCGCCAUUAGAAUGGCAGUUCAGGACCUGAACAAGGGGGGCAUCGCAGCAGGAGUGAUCAUUGCUCUGUUGGCACUGGGACUGCUGGCAUUCGGACUGUGGUAUGCCCAUCGCAAGGGCUACCUUCCUAAAAAAUCCGAAAGCAAACCCCGGGCACUGUACCAGCCUCCUUCAGACUAUGUCGACGAGGAAGACGGGGAGUUCAGGCAGAAGUCCUCCUUCGUGGUCUGAACAACAUUGGAAUAGGACUGCUGGGCCAGCACUGGUAAAAGGGUCUCAUUGGGACUAUGCAAGAAGACCACUACCAACUCGCAGUGGGCUUGUUGUCCAUGUUUUUAACAUUCUGAGCUUUUAAUGUACAUUUUUUAAUCCUGUGUUGCUGGAUGAACAUCUCAAUUUUAAAUCACUCCUAAUUUUCUGGCUUGAUAAAAGCUUCUUAAAUUCUGUCAUUGUUCCCCUGUACUGCACUAGGUCUUUUUCCCCCACUGUACUUUGGACUGUGAUUGUUUGUUUGAGCCGUAGGUAGAUAGAGAUGGAACAGACCAGGGUAAAAUGCAUAUAUGAAAUACUUGAUCCUCAUUUAAUUUUUAAAAACCCUCCUUUAGAUCCCUGAGAAUGUAACAUUAAUUUGGCUGUCUGUGUCUCCAGCCAAAACGUAUGAUCUCAUGAAAGGCUAUUUUUUGUAAACAUUGGCGAAAGUCGAUGCUUCCUUGAGAAAUGCCAGUAAUGUACAGUAGUUUGUUCAAAGGGCUGAUUCAUUUCCAUUUAUUCUAAUCAGGUGUGAGGAGGUAGCUGGGUACAUGUAAGCAGUGCAGGGCUUCAGUGUUGGGUUGGAAUUGGUGAUGGAGAAUUUUGUAAUAUUGCAGCUGGUCCUACCUAAUAGGUGUGGCCAUUUCCUGGAUCAGACCGUGUAGACUGUUGUGCGUCUGCCUUUGUAAACACCCUUUCAUUCUUCAUGUAAGCCAAAAAUGCACCCUUUUCCUGUAUGUGCAUACCUCUGGAUAUUAUGCCCUCAGUCCAUACAAACUUAUCACAGUUUUUUUCAGCUUCAUGCUGCCAAAACAGGGUGGAGUAAUACUCUAUGGUUGGCUGACUGGUUGGAACCAAUCAUUGUGUUGCUGUGGAGGACCAAGCCUUUUUAUUUGUUAGUCCAUGAUUGAGAGCUUACUUUAUAGUUCCAUCUGUUACCUCACUACAUCGCUACAAAUCAGGACAUUCAACAAUAUUGAUUUUCCCUAAUGUACUUUAUGCUUGCUUUGAUAAUGCAGUGUUAGUAAUUGUUCCUGUACAAUACAUCUAAAAUGUCUCAACCAAGGGUCCUUUUUGUUUUAAAGACUUUUUAAAGAAUUGUCCUUUAUCUAUUGCUCUCUUUAUAAUUUGUUGUAAAUAUAGCACCUGUUUGUCUAUCAGCCCCAACAAUUUUGUUUGGCUAUGUUUUAUUUUUUUAGUUUGAAUAUUGAGGGGCCUUUUGUUUGUUUUUAUUGUUCAUAAUGAAAAUGGCACCCCCUAUAGGACAAUGUAGAAUUGCAGCAUCUGGUUUUAACUGUGAUUAGUAAUGGGUGGGGAGCUAAAUUAAAUGUUACGGACUACAGAUUGUCAUUUUGCUAGAAUUGUCCCCUUUGUUUUGUGAAGAAUAUGAAUAAAUUUGACAUUUUUAUUUAA